AUGGCAAUUCUAAGAAGUUCGAGAGUGAUUUUAUGUCUCGUGUUCAUAAUGUUGUUGCUCAUGGAGUUAUCGGCUGGUGCAAGAUUGUUUCGGAGUACUGGAGGAGGAGGUGGUGGUGGCGGGGAAGGUGGCGGUAGUGGUUUAGGGUAUGGUGGUGCAGAAGGAGGUGGAUACGGGAGUGGCUAUGGGUCUGGUUGCGGGUCUGGAGGAGAAGGUGGUGAAGGUUAUGGAAGUGGUGGAGGAGGUGGGGGAGGGUCAGGAUAUGGUUCCGGGAUUGGUAGUGGUUCAGGGUAUGGUUCUGGAAGUGGUCAUGGCUCUGGGUAUGGGCCUGGAGGAGAAGGUGGUGAAGGUUAUAGAAGUGGUGGAGGAGGUGGGGGAGGGUCAGGAUACGGUUCUGGUAUAGGUAGUGGCUCAGGGUAUGGUGCCGGAAGUGGUAGUGGAUCUGGGUAUGGGUAUGGAGGAGUAGGUGGUGAGGGUUAUGGGAGGGGUGGAGGUGAAGGAGGUGGUGGAGGAUCCGGCUAUGGGUCUGGCAACAAUUAUGGAUCUGGCUAUGGGUCCGGGAGUGGAAGUGGUUCCGGAUAUGGGAGUGGUGGAGGACGCGGAGGAGGAGGUGGUGGAGGAUCUGGUAGUGGCUCAGGGUAUGGUUCAGGGUACGGGUAUGGGUCUGGAUAUGAGGGUGGGAAAGACAAAAGGAAAUUUCCAUAA